AAACUUCAAAUACCCAUGACAAAAGUUCAGAACAGAGGAUAGGGGGAUAAAUCCCACAACGUUACACAAAUCCUGCACAAUGGUGACGUGGCAGCGUAUUAGAAUGACACCUGUCAAAACUAUCUUAAUAAAAUUUUCCGUUCCGUUAACCUAACGCUACUGUUUCUCUCUCCUGUCUCUCUCUCACACGCAGCAGGGGCAGAAGAACCAAAUCAAAAAGAAAAAUCACCACCACCACCUUUUAGCCGACAAGAACCACCGCUCCAACCCCUUCUUUUGAUAGAAAUCUCUGUGGCGAAGAUGAAGACUACAACUCAGAAUUUUUCUAGGUGUUCCUAGUACCCAGGAUUGUUCUCCUUCAAGUUUAGGCCUGCGUUUCUUCUACUCUGAGAUAUAUUUUCAAAAGUCUUAGUGAGGUUUUUGAAGUAAAAUACAACAAUGGAUUCAUCACAGAGUGCUGUAACAGCAGGGACUGGUGGUGGUGGCAAUGGGAUGAUGAUCUCUCAAACCAAUGAUAUGGCAGCUACACCUGCUGUGGACGAUCCAAAGCAGAACCUGAACCAUGUCAUCAACUCUAUUCAGAAAACUUUGGGCCUUCUUCACCAGCUCUACCUUACUGUCUCUUCCUUCAAUGCUGCCUCUCAGCUUCCUCUUCUCCAUCGCCUCAAUUCUCUUGUCACGGAGCUUGACAACAUGGUUAAAUUGGCUGAGAAGUGCAACAUUCAAAUUCCUAUGGAAGUGCUAAAUUUGAUUGAUGAUGGAAAGAAUCCAGACGAAUUCACAAGGGAUGUCAUAAACAGCUGUAUUGCCAAGAAUCAGAUCACCAAAGGCAAAACUGAUGCCUUUAAGGGUUUACGCAAGCAUCUUAUGGAAGAACUUGAACAAACAUUUCCUGAUGAAGUUGAAUCUUAUAGAGAGAUACGUGCAGCCUCUGCUGCUGAAUCAAAGCGGCUUGCACAAGCACAAAGCAUGUUACCAAAUGGAGAUAUGAAGGUCAAAUCCGAGCUUUAGGUGUUUAUCAAGGGAAUCCUAAUUUGGGGGAUAUAGACAGUUCCAGUGUAAUAUAUGCAAGGUAAGAGAGUCCAUAUGCAGACUCUUGCAUGGCCAUUCUUAAAUCCUUUAAUAAAGCCAUAUCUAAUUUAAAGAAGCUUAGAUUGCAUAUUUGGUCCUCAACUUUCGACUGUUAUUUCAAAAUCGUCCUUAUACUUUAAAAUGUUUCACUUUAGUCCCUAUACUUUCAUAAUUGUGUGAAAAAUGUUCUAAUUGUCAUUUGUUGGAUGAAAAAUGUUGAUGUGGCCAACAGAAUUCAUGCAACGUCAUUAAAGUGACCUCAGUUUUAUUAAUUUCGUUUGUUGUACUUUCCAUCUUUUAGAUGAUGGUAAGGGCCUUUUUGAAAUAUUCUAAAAUAUAAGGACGAUUUUGAAACAAAGGUCAAAGGUUGAGGACCAAAUAUGCAAUUUAGCCUUUAAAGAAAUACUGAUUGCAAUUUAGUGUGGCCAUUAUAAAAAUUUUGUUCUUCAACGCUCUUAACUUUCUCAUUAUCAGUCAAAUUCAGUUGUUCUUCAUGGGACCUGAAUUUUAUUGCAUAUAUUUCUGAGAUUAUUUGAUAAUUUGAACUUUCCACCAGAUUCUAAUGAAUUUGUGUUUGUUUCAGCUUCAGUACUAUUAAAGACUAAUGCUUAUUCAGGAAAUAAUAAAUCAAAACAUGUGCAUGGAAGCGCACAUCUGCUGA